AUGGACGGGAGUGUGGACGUCGAUGUUGUUCGGCUGGGGCCUGGAGAAUGGAUUUCUCGGAUUGACCUCGCCGCUCGUACAGCAACCAUCUGGGACGACGGUAACAGCGUUUUCACCCUGACCAACGCCGAAAAACUCGGCCGUUCAGUGGUCGCUGUUCUUGAGCACCCAGAGGCAACUGCAAACAAAAAUCUUUACGUGGCUUCGGUCGAAACAUCGCAGAAUGACAUUCUCUCCGCCCUGGAGAAAACCACCGGCUCCAAGUGGACCGUGGCCAAGGCCACUACUGAGAAAGAGAUCAGCGAGAGAGUGGAAAAAUUGGGCAAGGGGGAUUUCACUGGACCUUUGCCCUCAUUCAACAAAAUGCCAAGACCAAUCAGGAAGCGGGUCCGCCCCUUGUCAAUCGGAUUUGGCGGAGCUUCUCGUUCUCUUCACAACCUCAUUCGUCUUCACGAUAGUAGAAAUCGCCCUCGCUAUGGCCUGACAUAUACUUACGUACCAACUCGAAAUAAUAUCUCCAUGGAGCAACCUCCUCCGCCGUAUGCUGAGGCUGUCAAGUUCCAGAUUCGCCGCAAGCCAAUCGGAGCUGGCGGUGGCGAUGUGAAGGGCCAACAGAGCUCUUCAUCUAUCACCACCACCAAGGCUCAAGCAGAAGCCCUGGAACAACAGAUCAUUGCUGCGCAGAAUAUACAGGCAGGUGAUCUGACGCCAAAUAUAUUAAUACAAACAUCAUCCCUUCCCACGGGCAAGAAUAACAUCACAGAUGCUGGGUUAGUGGCAAGUCCAGAUGCAAUUAGCUGCGCCUCAACUACGACAACACCAAACACAACCCUUUCUCCGGCGGGAGAUACAGAGCAAUCCCAAUCUGGAGAUUGGAGAACCAUUGCAGCAUCACAUGCACAAAAGGCCUUGGGGGAAGCAAAGCAUUUCCUAGGCGGAUUAAUCGCUCGUCCUAGCGUGAGCACCAAGCACUACAGUAUAUUGCGGCACUCUCAUGGCAUCGUCUUUUACCAGGGAAGCAACACCUUUCUCGCGAUUUCCAUAUUCUCAGACGAGCCGUUGCCGGUCGAUCGGACCAUUUGGAUGCAAUGCAAGGGCUGGUCAGGGAAGACAGGAAUGCGCGCCAAAGCCUUGUUUGGACUCAACGAUAGCUGGCACAAUGUCACCCCAAGUAUAGCAAUUCACCCGGACCAGGUGACUAGUGGUGAUGAGCGAGCAUGGCAAAGAGACAUCAAACGGUUCAAGAAGAAGGCCGCGACUUCUAAUCACGAGGGCCACCAGUUACGCCAAACUGCUAUUAUUCGCAUUCCCGUGGAAGCUACAGAUGGGUACUAUCAAUUCAUCCUUUGCCGAGGCGAGAGUAAGAGGAAAUCGUUAUGCACUAGUCCUGUGUUCCGAGUUGUGUCGGCUUCGUCGGAUCCAUCGUCGCUACGCGGUGCUAGCCUGAGUACCUUGCCAUUGGAAUUGGGAGCGUGGGCAGGGAGCAUGUAUGCCCGGACUGCAGCUUCAACGGUGGUUGCUCCCUUGACCUCUCGGAUACAGAGUGGGACACAGAAAGUAAUGCCCUCUGUAAAAACCCAAACAGCUGUGCAAAAAGCAUAUUCAAAUAGUGGCAUUUCGGACCGAGUGACUUCGAACAUGGUCGAUGCUGGUGCUAGGUAUGAUAAAGCAAAGGGCCUGGAAUAUGCACAGCUCGAUGCCAACGGGUUUGAUAUUGAGGCUGGGCCAGUGGAACCAUACCCUGUAACAUUCAACGCUAAAACUGAUGUUGAGGCGAAACCGCCAGUCACUGACGCCACCGGGGUGCAGAAACUGCCCCUUAUUGGCGUGCCGUCGCAUAUCUCACAGAGGUUACAUGGUCACUAUUUUGCCUGGUGCAAGGUGUAUGCUGGAGAAAUCGAUGGCAAAGAAAAAAGUGCGCCCGCAUGGCAGCAGUGUAUAAUUUCAGCUUCCACCGCGGUACCACAAGGAACAGUUACCAACGUAAGGUCAUAUAGCGCCUUCAAAGUCAAAUGUUCUAUUCGAUUCGUCGAAGAAGUCGACACACCACCAACAACUCCCAUGCAGGUCCGCAUCAUGGGGUUCAUUCGACCAGAAGCUCCCUUAGCAUCGACUAUUCUUAAUGAGUAUAGUGCGGAAAGCGAAGACCGAAUUGUCCUCGACGCAUACGAUUUGGAGUUUACCCAUUCAGCAUUGGAUCACCCAGCAUGGUAUCCAGAUCCAUCGCCAGCAGUCUCGACUCAAAGGUCUGGCGACUCUAUCAAUGGAAAAGACUCCUCGCCACGAAGUUUCAUGGACAAGGGCAAGGAUAGUUAUGCAAAUGCUCGCUUGACUGGGCAGCGAAUGGUCGGUCAAAUACCGUUUCACCGGAUCGGCAUCAGAAUGCAGACGGAUGAGGUUAAAGACAAAAAUGUUGCUAUCAAUGGAUUUUACAUCCCGCGAUAA